UUUGACGAUUUGAAGAGAGUUACUGUGAGGAUUACCGCCAGAAUGAUGUUGUCUCGUCGCGCAUGCUACAAGUGUGGCACUAUUGGCCACUACGCUGAGGUCUGCUCCUCCACUGAGCGUCUCUGCUACAAUUGCAAGCAGCCCGGCCACGAGUCGAGCGCCUGCCCUCUGCCCCGUACCACCGAGACCAAGCAGUGCUACAACUGCCAGGGUCUCGGCCACGUCCAGGCUGAUUGCCCUACCCUGCGCCUGAACGGCGGUGCCAACGGCCGCUGCUACAACUGCAGCCAGCCCGGUCACCUUGCCCGCAACUGCACCAACCCCACUGCUCCCGGAGCUGGUGCUCCUACCGGUCCCGCUGCUGGCCGCGGCGCCGGUGGUGCUCGCGGUGGUUUCCAGGGUGGAUUCCGCGGUGGAUUCAGCGGAUACCCCCGUGCCGCUACCUGCUACAAGUGUGGUGGUCCCAACCACUUCGCUCGUGACUGCCAGGCUCAAGCCAUGAAGUGCUACGCCUGCGGUAAGCUCGGCCAUAUCUCGCGUGAGUGCACCGCACCCAACGGUGGUCCCCUCAGCUCCGCCGGUAAGGUCUGCUAUAAGUGCGCCCAGGCCGGCCACAUCUCCCGCGACUGCCCUACCAACGAGGGUGCCGCUGCUCCUGCCGCUCCCGCUGAGGCUGUCCCUGUUGCCGCUGCCCCCGUUGUGGCUGCUCCUGCUGUCGUCGCUGUUGAGACUGCCACCGAGGCCAACACUGUCCCUGCUGCGGCUCCUACUACUGCUGUCGCUUAA